AUGGACUUUGAAUCGUUGAUUCCGACAUUCCUGGAGAUUACAUCCACCCAGGAUGCUCAGGUUGCCAGCAGUUAUCUUGAAAUGAGUGGGGGGAAUCUUGAUACUGCUGUGAACUUGUAUUUUGAGAGUGGGGGCGUUGGCACUAGCGACAGAAAUGGGACUGUUUCUGGCAGCAUUUCUGGCCCCGGUUCUGGCUCAGAGAGAACGCCUGUUGAGUCGGACGAAGAAAUUGCUCGCAAACUGCAGCAGCAGUUGUAUCAAGAGGGAAAUCCCAACGGUGAUGAAGGGGUUCGAAGGCCUAUUCAGCCCGUUCAUGAGCAACUUCUGUCUCAAUAUAAUUAUGGAUUGGGCGCCAAUGAUCGGAGCGUGAAUCCUGUUGAAAGGAUGUUUGGGUCUGCAAGAAGAGGAAUUUUCAAUCAAGCAGAAGUGGAGGAAGAGGAGGGAAGUAGGGAUGACAGUUACGGCGAUGAAGACAAUGACAAUGACAAUGACAAUGACGCAGAGACUCCAGACUACGAAUACGAAGAAAUUCCUUCCAGCAGCGACAACGAGACCGCUCUUACCGAUGAAGUGGUGGAUCUCACUGGUGAAAGACGUCGAAGACCCAGAAGAAGAAGAAGAAGCAGUAGUUAUAGGACCAGUACACAGAAACGAUUAGCCAAAAUGUUUAGACCUCCUUGGGAUAUCAUUGACAAGCUGGACUUUGAUAGUGCCAAGAAGAAGGCAAGAGCGGAGAAGAAAUGGGUUCUGGUCAAUAUCCAGGAUGUGACAGACUUUCGGUGCCAGUGCCUAAACCGUGAUUUCUGGUCGUCUAAUCAGAUCAAAGACCUGGUGCGCGAGAAUUUCGUGUUUUUACAGUACCAGCACGAUUCUGCCAAUGGAGAAAUGUACAGAAAUCUAUACCCAUUCAGCGAGUAUCCUCACAUAUCUAUCAUAGAUCCAUGGACAGGAGAAAGACUAAAGAUGUGGUCUGCGAACCCUGAAAUUCACAAGUUCAUUGAGCAGGUGGUUGAUUUCAUGACUAGAUUUUCUCUAGAUAAGAAUACAUUGAAUCCGGUUGUUCAGCAUAAGCAGAAGUUGAAUCUUGAUAAGCUUAGCGAGGAGAAACAGAUUGAUUUGGCUUUAAAGGAGUCGUUGAGUGAAGCCAACGAGAUCAAUGAUGUUGAUGAAGUGGUGAUUCUUGAAGGAACAAGUCAGAAAAGUCCCAUGGUAGUCAGUGAGCCGGCUACAUAUACAGAAAAACUUGCGCAGAUUAAAGCUACAGACGUUCCAGACCCCGAAGGUGACGCCAAACAGAUCACCCGUAUUCAGAUAAGAUCGGGAAUGGACGGUAAGAGAAUAGUGAAGAAGUUUGCAUUGAUCGAUCCUGUGGAGACAGUUUUUGAGUACACCAAAUUUGCUUUCAAAGAUUCAUUGUUGGGUAAGCCAUUUACCUUGAAAAUGCAGCGAAAGAAUCUAUUUGAUAAUUUACAUGAGACAAUUCUUGAUGCCGGCCUCAAGAAUGCGUCCAUACUGCUUGAUGUUGAGGGAGAGGAGGAGUAA